AUCGCAAAGAGAGUGAGAUUGAUUACCGGCCUCCGUGCGACAAUCCCCAGCGUCGGACUUGAUUCCUUCGCUACCCCAAACACCACUCUUUAGUUCAAUAGACCAUGUCACAAGACAGCGAGACCCGGCUGUCGCAGACGUCUCUAGCUCCCCCGGCAGAGAUAUCUGCUCCUGCUACCCCUGUUCACCGUUCGAACCUUUCCGCUUCUCCGGAGCCGAACGCAAGGGCGGAGAGCCUUGCUUCACGCUCCGAGAAAAGUAAAUUUCUUUCGCCGCCAGCGCUGUCUUCAUCGGAUAUGACCCCACCACCCUCCUCCCAAGUUCCACCGGCUCCCUCCCGAAGGUCAGGGUCCCGAUCUGGCUCGUAUCUUGCAUCUCCACCAGAUCUCGAGAAGACCCUCUGCGUCGCCUACGGGGCUUCCGAGAACCUCCCAACUGCCGAGGAAAUCGGUGCUGCAGACGAACCCGGACUGCGUACAAUUGCUAAGGAAUUGCUGGGCGUAGCCCAGGAGGCCCGGAUGUCAGCACUGCAUUUCAAGCUGCAGAAUAGCCUUUUGUCUUUUACGAGCAAUGAAGCCAUAAAACGUGCUGAGGUCGAACAUCAGUUAGCCCGAAGAGAGGUCGAGAUCCUCCAGAGCUCGGAGUAUCGCAGUCGGCACUCUGAAACCAAACCGCUCCAGCCCAUAGCCAACGUGGAAUUGGAAAUUGCCCUCAAACGUAUCCAAGACCUCGAGGGAGCCAAUGCUACAUUGGACCGAAGACUUCGCCGGUCCAAGAAACUUAUCGAACAGGAAAGAGAAAAGUCGGAUCGGUUGGUGGAGGAAAACUGUUUGCUGAAGAAGCGCAUCAGGGAUAACCGUGAACACUUUUCGUUGAUGAUUGAGAAUGGCUCAUUGUCCCCCAGUCCGCAAACAGAAAUCCAGACCCCUCAUAGAAGACUCAUGCCGCACUUCACGGAUGACAGCCAGCACCUUAUGAGCCGAGGAGACAGCAGCAACCCGUUUGCCGCUCUUCUGGCCGCCGAUCGGGUUCUCAAUCGAGAAUCAUCCAACAUCACUUCUACCCCAAAUCGGUUCCGCGUCCCGAAACACGAUGCAAGUGGACAUUUUCGUGGAUCUCAUUCGCUGUCGUCUCUUCCCAUGACGCCCGCCCGCUCUCGAAACAAUCGCCAGGAAAUUCAAUACCAGACCCCGGGAGGGGAUUCAUCUGAAAGGAACCGCGACAGGGACAGCACGAUCUCCGCAUCCGAUAUUGAGGAGGCUGAAACCGAGGAAGAUAUUCCCGUUUCUCACGCUGGUGCUUUGGCGACCCGCAUGUUUUAUCGCAACAAUCUCCCGACAAAUCGCCAGGAUGGUCGAAGCGUGGGAAAUGCACCUAAGUCCAGCACUCUUCUUCAGACGAAAUUGUUUGGUCAGGUCAAGAAAUCCGGCGUUGAGCGUUCGCCGAACAAUCUUAAGCGUAAGGCAAGUUUUGACGGUGCGGGUUCAAAGAAAGCGAAAGCUGAGGAAAGAGUGGGUCUCGGUAUUGGCACUUGGAACAGUAACGAUACGAGUUAGUGCAUGAGUUCUUGUGCCUUUCUAAUUCUGCCGCUAUUUGCGAUGGAGACCUGGAGUUUUAGGACAGGAUUGGACGAUUCAGGCCU